UGGAAUUUUUUGUUUUUUGUUCGGUACUUCCGUUUUUCUAUCAAUUAUCAUCUAUCUGCUCUAGUUCUCGUCUUCUCGUUCUUACUUCUUAAGCGUUAUUCCGUCCUUUCAUGCUCUAGAAUUUUAUAUUUUUAAUCAACAGGUAACGAUGACUUCGGUGGAUUUUAAUAACGUUGUGUUACCGGGCAAUGACGUCUCUCAUAUAGUUCUUAAAGGAGACAACUGUAAAAGAAGUGAAAAAACUAUUGGUCCUGGAUUGAAGAGUGUCGACAACAAAAUAAUCGUAUGUAACGGUGGUGUACUGAGGUGUAAAGAUGAAAAAUACUUUUGGAUAGAAUAUUUUAAAAAAAAAUACAUACCAGCUAAGGAUGAUGUUGUAGUGGGAAUAGUGGCCGCUAAAACAUCCGAAAUGUAUAAAGUUGAUAUCGGAGCUUCUGAACUUGCUACUCUUCCAUACUUAGCGUUUACAAAUGCUACCAAAAAAAAUAGACCUGACAUUAAAGUGGGGAAUGUCGUAGCUGCUAAGAUUAAAAUGGCAACACCUUUUAUGGAAUCUGAGAUCAGUUGUGUAGAAUAUGCUAACAGCAUAAUUCUUGGUCAGUUAGAAAAUGGUUUUUUAAUUAAUGUUAGUUUAAAUUAUGCAUUGAGACUAAGGAAAUCAAAUUCAAAACUACUUUAUCAACUUGGACAGAUGGUUCCCUAUGAAAUUGUCAUUGGGGCAAAUGGAAAGAUUUGGAUUCAUAGUGCGUCAAUACGAACAACAAUCGCUAUAGGAAAUGCUAUACUUAAUGCAGAACAUCUAGAAGAAGAAGGUAUUCAACAGUUAGUCAAGAAUUUUAAUAAAAGUUUAAAUAUUUGAAAAUGUAUUUUUUACUGUAAAUUUACUAUUUAAUCAAUAUAAGAUGAUUUUAUUUUUAA